GCGGAAAGCGGCGGCGCUAGUAACUGCAGCAGCGGGGCUGGUAGCAGGAGCAGCAUGGAGCGGCCGCGAGAGGUUGGUAUUGAAGAUUAAGGCACCUGCUCUUCCCUCCUUAGAGUUUCUUUAGGUGGAAAGUCAUUGGCUGCCUGAUGUUUUGGAGCUACUCAUGAUUGGGACGCCGAGAGUAUCCAGGAAAGUACUUUCUCUGAGGACCCCACCUCAGUAGCAACAGCUGCUCACCCUCUAAGGAAGGCGAUCAGUGCCCCUCCCAGCGGGGGGCAGGCGUCUGCUGCCAUGGAUACCGAAUCGACAUACUCGGGAUAUUCCCACUACUCAGGUCACUCCAAAAAAGCCCACAGACAAGGGAGUCGGGACAGGCACAAAUCGCCACGAAGUAAAGAUGGCAGUAGGUCAGAGAAAUCGGUCACCAUCCAGACGCCUCCCGCGGAACCGCUGCUGGGGAAUGAUGCCUCUCGGACAGAAGAGGGUCAGGAUGACAACUGGGGUGAGACCACAACAGCUAUCACAGGCACCUCGGAGCACAGCAUCUCCCAGGAGGACAUUGCCAGGAUCAGUAAGGAUCUGGAGGACAGUGUUGGCUUGGAUUGCAAACGCUACCUUGGCUUAACAGUGGCUGCUGUCCUUGGACUCCUCGUCUUCCUUACCCCCAUUGCCUUCAUUCUCUUACCCCAGAUCCUGUGGCGGGAUGAACUGGAGCCAUGUGGCACCGUCUGCGAGGGACUGUUCAUCUCUGUGGCUUUUAAACUCCUGAUUCUUCUGAUUGGGACCUGGGCUCUGUUCUUCCGUCAGCCGAAGGCGGAUAUACCAAGAGUGUUCAUGUUCCGGGCCCUCCUGUUGGUCCUUAUAUUCCUGUUUGUUUUUUCCUACUGGCUCUUCUAUGGCGUCCGCAUCUUGGACUCCAAGGACACCAAUUACCAGGGGAUAGUGCAGUAUGCAGUGUCUCUCGUAGAUGCUCUCCUCUUCAUUCACUAUCUAGCCGUUGUGCUGCUGGAGCUGAGGCAACUGCAGCCCAUGUUCACGGUCAAGGUGGUGCGGUCGACAGACGGAGAGUCGCGAUAUUAUAGCUUGGGGCACCUGAGCAUCCAGCGAGCUGCAUUGGUGGUUCUGGAAAACUACUACAGAGAUUUCACCGUCUAUAACUCGAGCUUGUUAAUGGCCUCCAAGUCUCGCGCAGCCAAACAUAUGGCUGGCCUGAAAGUCUACAAUGUGGAUGGCCCAGGUAACAAUGCUGCCGGCCAGUCCCGGGCCAUGAUCGCUGCUGCCGCCCGGCGCAGAGACUCCAGUCACAAUGAGCUUUACUAUGAAGAAGCCGACCACGAUCGCAGAGUUAAAAAACGUCGAGCAAGGCUCGUGGUUGCAGUGGAAGAGGCUUUCACUCACAUUAAACGUCUCCAGGCGGAGGAACAGCAGAAAGCUCCAGGUGAAGUGAUGGAUCCCCGUGAGGCAGCCCAGGCAAUUUUCCCAUCCAUGGCGAGGGCUCUGCAGAAAUACCUUCGCACCACCCGGCAGCAGCACUACCACAGCAUGGAGAGCAUCCUGCAGCACCUGUCCUCCUGCAUCACCAACAACAUGACGCCCAAGGCAUUCCUGGAGCGUUACAUCAAUCCAGGCCCAACCCUCCAAUAUGACAGGGAUCGCUGGUUCUCCAAGCAGUGGACGCUCGUCAGUGAAGAAGCAGUCACAAGUGGAUUAAGGGAUGGUGUCGUUUUUGUUCUCAAGUGCUUGGACUUCAGCCUUGUAAUUAAUGUGAAGAAAAUCCCCUUCAUCAAACUCUCGGAAGAGUUCAUAGAUCCCAAAUCUCACAAAUUUGCCCUUCGCUUGCAGUCUGAGACUUCGGUUUAGGGUGUGGGGCAGUGUUCUCUUCUUCUGCUUUUGGGUUUUGUGUCCCCAAUGCUGACGGAAACUGACAGAUGACAGACCAGUAAUAUUUGACCAUCUGCACUUUAUUUGGAAGGAGGGCCGGGGGUAAUGGGUUGGGAUAUCUAUCUAGAAAGUAAUAUCUUAAAAGCUCACCAGGCAACUUGUUUGAGUUAGCUGAGCCUUUAAGACAAAAUGGUCCUCCUUGUUUUCCAGGCAUAUUGUAGACUGUGUGAACAAACACGGCCUUUAUAUUUCCUUUGGAGCCCUGCCUUGCAGUGAUCAGUAGUGUGCGUACAUCUCCCUUACUCAGGCCUGGUCUCUGCGUCCUGCGCGUGUAGAUUUCUAUGGGGAAGCAACUUUUUCUCAUGUCUCAUAGAAGUCUGCGUCUGAGGGAGAAUUUGCAGUUCCCCUCUGCUCAGGAAGGAGAGCGUGGUGGGUGGGGAGAGAAUUGAUAGUUGUUUGUAAACCCAGGCUGUCUUGUGGUUGAAGAGCCCUUCCCCCUCCAGGGCUGCUCUUCUCCAAUAGCCCUAGACCCCUGUCAACCAGGAGGUAGCAGGGGUGGGUUUUACCAUCUGUUUCCUUCAGUCUCUUCAGUUGCUUGUAUUGCGGGUCAUUGUAUGGGCACUGCUCAUUUUGCAGCUGUUUGAAUUAUUACCAGUCUUAAUGAGACGUCAGGGGAUUUGUGCCUGAUGCAACUCUCCCCCUCGGCCCCUUGAUCUCUAAUCCCUGCCCCACUAAUUUGAAUGUCCGGUGCUCACUCUCCUCCUUGCUCCCCUUUCAGCUUUCUGAAUGUGUUUCUCUAGCAACAGCUCCCCGGGGUCAGUCGUGUUAUCACCUCCUCCCUCUCCCUAUGUAUUUGCACAGUUACAGCCUGGCUGAGUAAACGUUCUCCUAGGAGGUGUGUGGAGUUUACCUAACCCUGACAGACUGGUCCCAACCAUAGGGAGCAUGCGCAGGAAUGUCGGUAUGGAACUCUAGAAGGGCUUCAAGUGCAUCUCGAAGGAAGGGGGAACACUUAACCCCUGUCCUCCCAGGGCCCAGAGAGAGAGUGUGAGCAGGGGAAGGGCAGACCUUGGCUGAGGCGUGUGGCUGAGUGCCAUAGUUCUUUAAGACAGUAUAUAUAAAUGCACUAUGGUAUGUUCAUCCCCCCCCAACCCCACUGUAGCUAAGAGAGACCAAACUGCGUCUGAAUGUUGCAAUUGCUUUUUUAAAAAAAAAAUCUUGACCGUUUACCCCUGUGUGACUGACUGUUCUCCUCGGUAUUAGUCACCAAGCUAGCCUGGAAUUUGUCUGUUCUUGGGUGAGGGGCGCUUAGCUCUCCAGAGAACUUACUUUUUAAGGCUUUUUUUCCUGUCAGUGCAGCUCAGUUCUCAAGAUUUUAAACAGGUUUGUUUUAAAGCUGGGCCUAAACAGAACCUCUGGAUCUGAACCCGCUCCCUGCACUCUGAAUUCAAGGAAUGUUUGGGUCCAGGUCUCCACUCCAGAGCCGGCUCCUACUUCUCUCAUGAGCUAAACCAAAACCCCAGGUCCAGAUGACGCCCAGACUCUGGGCAAGUUCAGUUCCGGAUCUGGCGGGGGAUUUCCUGGCUUGGGCCUAUGUCUAACUUUAUUUUGAUGAACAGGAAAGUCUGGGGGGAAGUCUCUUACAAUGUGAAUGUCUUUGUUUUGCUUGCCUGUCUGUGUUACAGACAGAUUUUUAACACACUAAGGCAAGGUACUUAAGCAGGUCCCAUUGAAGUGUAUGGGACCAGUUGUGUGUUCAAGCAACUUGCUGAACCAAGGCCUAAAGUGGUGAUUCUCAAGCCAUGGUCUAUCUGUGGUCUGCCAGGCCCUUCCUGCUGGUCCUAGGUAUCUCCUAUGGUAUUUAUAAGGACCCUACCCUCUUUGUAUUUAUGCACCAGUAAGGAUUACAAAGAAGCCAAAUUGCACUGGUGGUUGGAGGGAGGUGGGUCUAUGGGAGAAUCUCGUCUCACUGCCACAUGAGAUGUUUAUAAAUUUCCCCAGCCCUAAAGCACACCCGUUCUUUCAGUCAGGCUUUCUGGCAGUCUUUGUUGGUUUUUAACAGUUGUGGCCUUUGCUGUAUAUUAACUUUUAAAAACGCUGUUGGUUUUGUACCCUUUUUUUAAACGAAAGUCACACAGUGUUGUGCAUGAUGCGUCAUAAAAAGGGAGUUUCUUCAGCCUUUGGAUAACAAAUGCAACUGGAGGAGAGACUCUGUCGGGCUGUGGGGCAGGGACCGUGGGGGUGAUUGGAUAAAGCUGUGAUCAGGGUUGAACGGGCUGUCUGAAUUCAGGGCCCCAACCCUGGCUCAGUUGGCUCAGACGUGUGAAUUUAGAACAAAAGCACCCAGUAUAAAUUUCCUCCUUUCAUGAUUCCUGCCGUACCACCUCAGAACUGGGAGUUGUUUGACAGUCACUUUGCUCAGGAAACAUGUCUUUUUGUUUUUAAAUGCGUGUAAGGAUUUAACAUAAAACCAAAUAGAAGCCAAGUGUCUUCACAGCUGCUACAUAACCUACCUGCUGCAGUUCAAAGUGCCACCAUUUCUGUCUGUCACUGAAAGGGACGCUGUUAGCAUAAACCUCCUUUAAAUGGAAUGCCCUUAACUUUGUUACUGCUAACGCCUGAGAGGUCUAAACCCAAAUGAGAGAGACAAGGUCAUUUCCCUUUCUGCACUUUGCUGAGCAUGGAAGGAGAAAUUAGUGGUUGGAGUGGGGGACGGGGCGCCAGGACUCCUGGGUUCUGUUCCCUGCUUUGCCACGGGAAUCACUGUGAGACCUUAGGAAAGUUACGUCACUUCUCUGGGCCGUCAUCUCCCCAUUUGCAAAAGGGAGAACUGUGAUGAUAUUUACCUCACAGGGAUGUUGUGAGGCUAAACGUAACCUUUGUGAAGUGACUUGAGGUUUGCUAUCAAAGCGCAAACUGUCUUCUAAUAAAGAAUUGAACAGUGAAACUAGACCGGCCUAUUUCACUUGCCGUUUAUAGUCUGUUAGUGGAUGAGAAUCAGGUGUGGGGGGACAGCAAGGUAGUGUCAGCAUUUCCAACCCAAUCCCACAGUCCUUGCUUUACGCUCACGUCCAUGGGAAGCACAGUGCAAUGAAGGCUUGCAGGGUUUGCUCUGAAAGGGGGCUGUUUCACUCUGACCCACCUCCCCUUUUCUCCUCUCUUUUAUUGGAAAGUUCUUAAAUGAAUGGAAACCUACUUUGAAGUGUUUAAGAGCCCCAGCCUUUGACCGUAAGCUAAGGGACUGAAGAAAUUCCUAUUGAACAAUGUCAGGUGAAGUCCAUGUAAGGCUGAGCCUUUCCCUAGGGAGCUGGGUCUCCUUGUUGCUCAAGGGCGAGCAAUCUCCUUGCUCCCUGCUAUUUCCCCUACUCCCCACUAUGUAGCUUGGACUGCCAGAGACACUAUUUCACAUCUUUUGCUCUCAGUCAGCAGCAUGGUGCAAAUCCUGAAGCCUGGAGGGGUCUAGCAGGGCACCUCCCAAGUAGAUGCAAGCAAAGCUGCUGUGGUCAGCUUGAGACCCAUGGAGAUUGUUGAGGUGACUUUUCUGUAGUAAAAUGGUAUGUGGUGUUUGUAGAGUGGAGUGGAUGGAUAUUGAAAAUGUUAGGGUCCCUGGCCCCUUGUGGGAACCAAGGGGCAGAUGCUUGUCUCCUGGUUCUUGCCAGUCCCAUAACGAGGGCUGUAGCAUGGGGAAAGCCAGUGUGUGAACUGAGCAGCCCACCAGAAGCACAGCUGAGGCACUACUCUUUUCUCACCACGGCAUGCGGGUUCAGCACGCUGCCCCUCUGCUUUGCAGGGCGAGGAAGGAAUGGAAUUGGAAUGGACCUAGAGCAAGGUGAUUGGUAGUAGGCUCCCACCCUAUGUGGGGCAGGGUGGAGAAGAUAUGGUCCCCAACCAACCCUUGCUGCCAGGGGGCUAGGGUGGCUGCUGCUAAUCUCACUCCCCUUGGGGGCAGGGGUGCUUGAGAAUAGAGGCAGCAAGCAGAGCGAAAGGGUGACAUGACACAACUCUUGCAGAGCAGGGUCUGAUCUAGCAUACGCCUUGACAGCAGCCCCCGUUCCUCCAUAGCAGAGGAAUAACGCAAGUCAUUAGUGUCUUUGGAUGGGGGCAGUGGUGAUAAAUGUAAACCAGCUUUCAGCACCUCUGCCCAUGGCUACUCCUAUCCUCUUCCCUCUCCCCACCCCUCUGCUGGGCUCACUGCCUCUGAUGACCCAUUUGCCAAGAACACCCACUCUCCCUCCUCUGUUGCUCCAGCCUCCACUCCCAUCUCCCUGGUCUCUGUUUCUCAGGCCAAGAGCCUGGUGAGGAACUAGUAGCAGCCGAGAUGGAUGUCAUCAGGAGCACAGGCUGGAACUCAUGAUAAGGCAGGGCUCUUGGGUGGAUCUCAUCCUAAUCCCAGUCUUGCCUCCCAGCUACAGGAAACACUUCCAUUCCCACCCCUGCCGCCAUGUACUCCACUAAAAAGCCUAGAAAAUCACACCACUACCAGUUUCUUAAAAACUGGCAAUUCCAUUUAGCCCAAUGGACUGCUUUAAAGUCUUAUUGGCAUAAAUUUAUUUAAACAGUAAUGAUAAAGAAGCCUGAAAGAUCACAAACUUGUUUGCCCUGCUUCAUAGGAAGACCUAUUCAAGUCAAUUAAUCUAACAUAGCUAUCACAUUAAAAAAGCCUGCAAAUCUGGCCUCCCCUCUUAAAAAAUAUAAAUAAAACUGACUUUGGGUCUUUGGGGAGAACUGUAUUCUGGCUCCAGACUUUAUCUUCAAAAUGUCCUUAAGUUUUCAGUCUGCCACACAAUAGACAUUUAGAUGAAUAGGAAAUGAACGUGCAGAUGUCUGUUGUUUUCAUAUUCAGCUUGUAUUUGUACGUGCUGUCUCUUUGUAGGUGUGUGCAUUAUUCCUAUCUAAUGCCUGAAGCCAGGGGUGGUUGUUCAGUAAUGCCCAUUAGGACUGUAUGGAGAAUGAAGCACUCUUGGGACUGAGUCAUAAAAUUACUUCUGUCGGGGCUGUGUGGCAAUGGGAUGGAUACACAGAUCCUUUCACCUCCCGUUGGCUGGCUCCGACUCCGUUAAAGAUGAUGACCAAAAGUUACCGUCUGACAGGUGGUCAGUAACCUGUGCAACUUCCGUGUUGAUCUGUUUGGUUCUUCUUGGGCCAGGUCUCCACAGCAGCAUGACUGCCACGAGUAUGGCCUCUCCGAGAAAGGGGCCGGUUAAUAAAGACAGAAUUUUCACCCCACAUGGCAGGGCAGUGUGUAGGGGAAGUGUUGUGCCUCUGCCACCCGUGCCUGUCCUGUGCAUAGAGAGGACUGAAUUCUCUAGGCCUGUUGAUCUGGCACCUUUCACCAGCACUAACUAAUUCACUUGGGAGCCACACACACACACACACAUGUGUGUGUUCAUUUUGCUGUGGUUCGCUGCCUGCAUGGAGAUCUGUCUGUGAAGGAUUCUUACACUCCUCUGUGCCUGUAUCUUGUAAUGAAUACAAUGUUAUUGUGUACUAGGGGCCAGGAUCUCCUGGCUCCCACACAACUCUUCUGAUCACUGUGUAAUGUACAGCCUGAUACUUUUUUCUACACCAACUGCAUAUAGUAAGGUGGGUUCUGCUGAGAUUUUCUAAUGAAUAGACACUAACCAGCCUCUUGCUGCACAGGUGGCUUUAACUGCAGUGAUACGUGGUCUGAAAUAAAUUCUGAAAUCCAUUUUUGUUUUCCCCCUCCCACCAGUUGUGAACUUGAGUAGCAAACUCCUGGUGUCUGUGAUGUUCAUGCACUGUGUGUCUAGCAGAGUGAAUUGUUCUGUUCCAAGCUGGGUUCUCUUAAGUUAUAGCUGGAUGGUUUUGGUUUUGAACUGAAACAUGAAACCAUUUUACACUUUGCAUACUUUGUACAGUAAAAUUCUGAAAAUAAACUGAAACCAGAAA